AUGACCGCGACAACAGCUCCCAAGCCGAAUGGCAAUGGAAAACACGAGGUCAAGAUUCUCAUGCUUCAUGGCUACACACAAUCUGGCGCUCUAUUCCGAGCCAAAACUCGUGCCUUGGAGAAGACACUUGUCAAAUUACUCAACCCUGUCUCACUUCUCCCUGUCUUCCUUUAUGCCACUGGUCCCAACCGUCUAAGUCCAGAAGACAUCCCAGGCUAUCAACCCCCUGAGGAGCCCCAGCCAGAGGACUACCAACCCGAUACAUGGGCAUGGUUCCGCAAAGAUGAAGCCACCGGAAAUUAUCGACUGUUCGACGAGGGCAUGGCUACCGUUGGACAGGCCAUUCGAGAAGCAGAGGGCAUCGAUGCAGUGUGUGGUUUCAGCCAGGGUGGUGCCAUGGCCGCUCUUGUAGCAGCUGCUCUUGAGCCAGAACGCACUCUGCCUGAAGGAAGGGAGGGAGAUUGGGCGAGAGGCCUCAGAGAAGCAAACUCUGGAAAGGCUCUUAAGUUCGUCAUUUCGUACUCCGGAUUUUGGGCCACCCCCAACUCGCUCCAGUUCUGCUAUGAGCCCAAGAUCAAGACUCCUUCGUUACACUUCCUUGGUAGUCUUGACACAGUGGUUGACGAGAGUCGAAGCAGAGCUCUCACAGAUCGCUGUCAAGACCCUCUCGUACUUGUUCACCCAGGAGGUCACCACGUACCUGUGUCCAAACAAUGGGCAGCGCCUCUGGCUGGCUUCAUCAAGGAGCAUGGUCAGAAUAAUGAGCCUAAAGCAGAGCUGUAA